AUGUUGGCUCGACCUCUCACCACCCUCACCCAGUGUGAUGCAUUGGUGCCCCUUUUCACCCCGAGAUUGCUUUCCGCAUCGCUCCACCAUGGCCGCUGUGCACCGGCAUAUACCAUGGGCCGGCGCGUGUCUGGUUGGCACCUUCAGAUGACGACACGGGGAAAGAAGACCAAGACGACCGUGAGACUCGAAGACCUUCCGCAAGGCGUCAUCUCGUUCGAGCCCCCACCAUUAGUUUCCACUAAUGGGCCAGCACAACAGCAGGCUGCUGCUGAAGCGGCCCCUGACAGUGACGAUGGCCCGGCCUAUCCCACCGUUUUGCUACAAGCGCGGCGCAACAUGCAAAGGUUUGACAACUGCGUCCUGCUGACGCGGGUUGGCGGCUUCUACGAGCUCUACUUUGAGCACGCUGACGAGUACGGGCCCCUCCUCAACCUCAAGGUGGCCCAGAAGAAGACGACGGCCGGCCCCGUGUCCAUGGCCGGCUUCCCCUUCUUCCAGCUGGAACGCUUCCUCAAGAUUCUCGUCCAGGACCUGAAUCGCUACGUCGCCGUGGCCGAGGAGUUUCCGAAGAAUGCAGCGGAUAAGAUCAAGUCUGGUGGCCUGAUGCAUGACCGGCGCGUGGCCCGCAUCAUUACACCCGGCACGCUAAUCGACGAGAACUUCAUGGACCCAUAUGUCAACAAUUAUGUGCUUGCCAUACAUGCGCCUUCGCCUUGUGGAACUGCAACUGUUCAAGCGAGCAGCGUUACCGCUGGACGUGAUGCCCUUGGUGCUAGCCCGCCGUCGACUUGUCUGGGACUCGCGUGGCUGGAUUUGUCCACCGGCCAGUUCUUCACCGAGGCGGCCAAUAUGUCGGCUCUUCCAUCUGUUCUUUCACGCAUAUCACCAAAAGAAGUGGUCCUCGAUCAAGCACUCCAGUCAUCCAAAGACCAUGAUGUUGUCUCCAUCCUCGCCGAAGAUCGGCAUCUGAUCACCUAUCAUCCGCCAGGGGAGGCGACAGGCCUCGCUGACUGGGCGCCUAUGCUCGAGUCGGAGGUGCCAGAAGACAGGAGAGCUGCCUUCACGAGCGAGGAAGUCACAGCGGGCAGCCUUUUGCUUAAUUACGUCGGCGAGCGCCUUCAGGGACUGAGUCUGAAGUUACAGCCACCGGUGCGCCAUGGGACGAUGAGUGUCAUGAGCAUUGACAAGAACACAAUGCGCGCCCUCGAGAUCAAACAGACCAUCCGGGAUGGGUAUUUCCGCGGUAGCCUCCUCCAUGCCAUCAGGCGCACCGUUACGAAAAGUGGUGCUCGACUACUGAAUGAGUGGCUCAGCGCGCCGUCCACCUCAUUAGAAGUCAUCGAGGCGAGGCUGGAUCUCGUCACAUGUUUCAUAGAGAAAGCGGACCUUCGUGAUACCGUCAUCCUCCUGCUUCGCCGCAGUCAUGACUCUCAACGUUUGGUCCAGAAAUUUGCCCUCGGGCGGGGUGACCCAGAUGACCUGCUCGCCCUGGCAAGCACUGUGCAAGCAUGCAAUGAUAUCGCGACGAGGCUCAGCAAGGCAGCAAAGACAGGCGCUACUGCCAACUGUCUGGCCGCCGUCAUCGCCCGUCUAGACCUCAAGAAACCCACAGAGCUUGCGCGCCGCAUUCAGGAGGCUAUCGAUGAAGAAGGCGUCGUUCACCAGCACGAGAUCGAGGAUGGCGAAGCUGGUCAUAUGAUGGCCCUUGCUCAGGAGAUUGUUCAUGCUGAAGGGUCCCAAGACGAUGCAGCAGCCGUCAUACCCAAAACUACGGUCAAAAAGCCUGGCAAAACACGCCCGACAUCGGUUCGCGAGUACUAUGCCGACGAUAACGAAGCCUGGGUCAUGAAACCGUCGGCAAGCCCCCGGCUCGAGCGUCUCCAUGCCGAGCUCACCACGCCUCGACUCUGCGAGACUUGCCAUCCGUUCCGAGGAGCAGCGUGUUUUCCAAGCCCUCCGCGAGCGUGUCAUCCUCAAUCUCGUCAAGCUCCGCCGCAACCCGCGGUCCUCGACGAGCUGGACAUUGCCACAUCCCUCGCCCUGCUCGCACGCGACCAAGGCCUCACCCGGCCCCGCCUCAAUCACUCCACGACGACGACGAUCCUCGGGGGCCGCCACCCCACCGUCGAGGGCGGCCUCACCGAGCGCGGCCGCUCCUUCGUCCGGAACGAUUGCCUCCUCGGCCCCGCGCCCGCCCACGCCCCGCUCUGGCUCAUCACGGGGCCCAAUAUGGCCGGCAAGAGCACCUUUCUCCGCCAGAACGCCCUCAUCACCGUCCUCGCCCAGACCGGCUGCUACGUGCCCGCCGCGCACGCCGAGCUCGGCCUCGUCGACGCCCUCUUCAGCCGCGUCGGCUCCGCCGACAACCUCUACCGCGACCAGAGCACCUUCAUGGUCGAGAUGCUCGAGACGGCGCACAUUCUGCGCGCCGCGACGCCGAGGUCCCUCGUCAUCAUGGACGAGAUUGGCCGCGGCACGACGCCCGAGGAUGGAGCCGCCGUGGCCUUUGCGAGCCUGCAACACCUCGUCACGGUGAACCGGUGCCGCGCGCUGUUCGCGACGCACUUUCACGCCGUGGCGGACCUUGCGGCGGCGCGGGGCCUCUGUGGUAGGGGAGAGGGGGAUGGGCGCGACGCAGGUCGUGUGGAGACGUACUGCACUGACGUCGAGGAGGAUGACUCGGGGGGGUUCGUCUACGUGCACAAGCUACGGAAGGGAGUGAACCGGCAGAGCCAUGCGCUCAAGGUUGCGCGGCUUGCUGGGCUGCCCGCAUCAGCGAUUCAAGUCGCGGGUGAUGUCUUGGGUGAGGUAUCGGGCGACAGAACUACGAAGUUGUAA